AAAAUUGAGGUUAAGAUACACGAAGACCGAAGUGCUGCUUUUGUGAAACUCGGACGUGUUCUGUGAAUGCUGCUAAUUCACAAAAGAGUCCAUUCUUUAAAUUGAUAGCAAUAAAAAGCUAGUCUACAAAUUAUUAUAGACAAAACUUAAAAAAAAAGAAAAAUAUGGCUAAUGUUGAAAGAAAAGGUACUUUUAAAGUAGAAUAUCUUCAAAAGAUUGAGGCAGAAGUGCAGGAGCGAUGGAAAAAUGAAAAAAUUCAUGAGUUUGAUGCCCCAAAAGAGGAAAAGAAGUCUAAUGAUGAAAAGUUUCUCUGCACAUUUCCUUAUCCUUAUAUGAAUGGAAUGUUACAUUUGGGACAUACUUUUUCAUUGUCCAAAUGUGAAUUUGCUGUCAGAUAUCAUCGCCUAAAAGGUAAGCAUGUUCUGUUUCCCUUUGGUUUCCAUUGCACUGGCAUGCCAAUAAAGGCUUGUGCCGACAAACUUAAACGAGAAAUGGAGCUCUUUGGUUGUCCUCCUCAAUUUCCCAAAGAAGAAGAAGAAGUAAAUGUUCAGGAGGAAAGUGAUGGAGUACCCAAAGACAAAAGCAAAGGAAAAAAGAGUAAAGCAGUUGCAAAAGCUGGAUCUGCUAAAUACCAGUGGCAAAUAAUGGAAAGCAUGGGAAUGAAAAGUGAAGAGAUAAAAAAGUUUGCUGAAGCUGAUUAUUGGUUAGAUUAUUUUCCUCCUUUGGCCGUUAGGGAUUUAGAUGCUUUUGGAAUUCACGUAGACUGGAGAAGGACAUUCAUAACUACAGAUGUCAACCCGUUUUAUGACUCCUUCGUCCGUUGGCAAUUUUUAAGACUUAAAGAAAGAAACAAAAUUGAAUUUGGCAAAAGAUAUACAAUCUACUCAGAAAAAGAUGGGCAACCUUGUAUGGACCAUGAUCGAUCAUCUGGUGAAGGCGUUGGUCCUCAGGAAUAUACAUUAAUUAAAAUGAGGGUUCUUGAUCCAGUUCCUGAGAAAUUAAGCUCAUUUUCAAAGAAACCUAUCUACUUGGUAGCAGCAACUUUACGUCCUGAAACCAUGUAUGGGCAAACUAACUGUUGGUUGCAUCCAGAUAUAAAAUAUAUCGCAUUUGAAACUGUUAAGGGUGAAAUAUUUGUCUGCACCAAAAGAUCUGCGAGGAAUAUGUGCUUCCAAGGUUUUACGGAAGUUGAAGGAAAUUUUGAUGUUAUUGCUGAAGUUUUAGGUUCGGAUCUUCUUGGAUGUGCUCUUAAAUCUCCAAAAACAAAUUAUGAAAAAAUUUAUGCUCUUCCCAUGCUAACAAUCAAGGAUAAUAAAGGCACUGGAGUUGUUACUAGUGUACCUUCUGAUUCCCCUGAUGACUAUGCUGCCUUACAAGAUUUAAAGAAGAAGCAGGCAUUUAGAGAAAAAUACAACAUCAAAGAUGAAAUGGUACUUCCCUAUGAUCCAAUACCUAUCGUAGAGGUUCCAGAAUUCGGUAAUCUUUCAGCUGUAACUGCCUGUGAAAAUCUAAAAAUUCAAAGUCAAAAUGACAAGGAUAAAUUAGUGCAAGCGAAAGAAAUGGUUUAUCUUAAAGGAUUUUAUGAUGGGGUAAUGCUAGUAGGAGAAUUUAAGGGCAAAAAGAUACAAGACAUAAAGAAACAACUUCAAAAAUCCAUGGUGGACAGCAACGAAGCCGUCAUUUAUUACGAACCUGAAAAAACUGUAAUUUCUCGCUCGGGUGACGAAUGCGUGGUUGCUCUCUGUGACCAGUGGUAUCUGGAUUAUGGUGAAGAAAACUGGAAAAAACAAGUUUUUAAGGCUUUAGACAAAAUCAAUACUUACCAUGAAGAAGUUAGAAAAAAUUUCCAGGGUUGUAUUGAUUGGUUACAUGAACAUGCUUGUUCUAGGACAUAUGGCCUUGGCACCAAGUUACCAUGGGAUACAAAAUGGCUGAUCGAAUCUCUUUCAGAUUCCACUAUUUAUAACGCAUAUUAUACUGUGGCACAUCUUCUACAGGGAGGUACCUUUAGAGGUAACAAACCAAACGCUUUAGGUAUUAAAGCAGAACAAUUGACACCAGAAGUCUGGGAUUAUAUAUUUUUCAAAGAUGCCGCAUAUCCCGCUAAUUGUGAAAUCAAGAAAGAGACAUUGGAUAUUAUGAAAAAAGAGUUUGAAUACUGGUAUCCUGUAGAUGUUCGUGUAUCAGGCAAAGAUUUGGUGCAAAACCAUUUAACCUACUUUAUUUAUAAUCACUGUGCUAUUUGGCCUAAUGAUGAGAGCAAGUGGCCAAUGGGAAUCAGAGCUAACGGCCAUCUUUUAUUAAACUCUGCCAAAAUGAGUAAGAGCGAAGGCAACUUCUUAACUCUGAGCGAUGCUUUAAAGAAAUUUAGUGCCGAUGGAAUGAGGCUUUGUCUAGCAGACUCCGGAGACUCAGUAGAAGAUGCCAACUUUGUAGAAGCCACCGCAGAUGCUGGUAUCUUAAGGCUAUACACAUUCAUAGAGUGGGUUAAGGAAAUUCUAAAAAGUAAGGAUACUUUACGGUCUGACAAAUCUCACACAUUUAACGACAAGGUUUUCGAAAGUGAAAUAAACCUAAAGAUUAAAGAAGCUGAUGACUUUUACAAUAAAAUGCUGUUCAAGGAAGCCUUAAGAGUAGGUUUCUUUGAGUUACAAGCAGCUAGAGACAAAUAUAGGGAACUGUCUCUUUUAGAUGGUAUGCAUGUUGAUUUAAUUCUGAGGUUCAUUGAAGUGCAAGCAAUUUUACUAGCUCCAAUUUGCCCUCACGUGGCCGAAAAAGUGUGGGAGCUUCUUGGAAAUAAAACAAGUAUAGUCAAAGCAUCAUGGCCGGAAAUAGGAACCAUUAACGAAAUUGAAAUAAAAGCUUCAGAAUAUUUAAUGGAGGCAGCACACUCGUUUAGAGUACACUUGAAGAAUUAUUAUAUGCUAGGUGCCAAAAGUAAGCAAAAAGCAAACAUACCCCCAACUGAAAAACCGAAUAUUUGCACAAUCUGGGUUGCAAAAUCAUUCCCAACAUGGCAAAGUUGCAUUUUAGGCGUUCUUAAGGAACAUUUCGUUAAAAAUGGUUCUCUCCCAGAUAACAAAACACUAUCUUCCGAAUUCGCCAAAAAGGAAGAAUUGAAAAAAUAUAUGAAAAGAGUUAUGCCAUUUGUACAAGCUACUAGAGAAAAAGUCCAGCAAUUAGGGCUUAAGGCUUUAGCUCUUACUUUAGAGUUUGAUGAAGCUAAAAUACUUUCUGAUAAUAGCAUUUAUUUAGCCAAUACUCUUGAUGUAGAUGAAGUAUUUAUUAAGUUUACUGAUGAUCCGGAAGCCACUGACAAAAUGAAGGAGUGCUGUCCAGGUUCACCUUUCGUCGUAUUUUCGAUAAAACCAGUUGAAUUAUAAAUGUAUUAAAACGUAUUGCUAAAAUAUAUUUAUUUAUUAAGA